GGUUGGGGAAAUCAGGCUCUCCAAGUAUAUCGUUUCGCGUCUCGGGUUGCGACGACUUGGGCCCCAAAAUUUAAGUAGGGGUUUAUCGAGUGAUGAGCUGUGGUGCGAUAUUUUCCUGGUCGGGUGUGGGGUUUGGGAGUGGUGGCGCAAAUAUCAUACCUGUCUGUAUCAUAGGUGUCCGAGAUGGCGGUGGGGGAGACUGCCUUGCACUGUACGGGUGGUUCUGAAAAGUAUGGUGAUUACAGCAUCAUACUGGAUUGGUUCAAGUGGACUUGAGGGAGGCUGGCACCUUUUAAUCACCCUGCCCCCAUCUUCUGCUUUUGGGUGGUUCUCUAUUGGUUGAAUUGGACUAGCUGCCGACUUGCCCUCCCCCCCCAUAACGCCCUUAACCAACCCCCUAAUAUUCUUGGUAUGGAGUGGUAUUCUUCUCUAAAUGGUUUCUCACGACUUUCCCUGCUCUGGUGCAAGGCUUUGGCCUGGAGAAACUCUGUUUGCUGUUUCGACCAUAACUUGGAAAUAGACGCCAGGAAUUAUCCCGGAUUCUGCUUGUGUGCACGAGGGACUAAUUUCCGGCGGCUACUAUCGAGGGAGGAAUGUUGGGGAAGCAGUAUGGAGGACUCCACGGCUUAUCAUAAUGUUCAGGUGGGGAACGAAUAAGGAGAGAUUGUGUGAAGCCGGUUUGAAAAUUUCGGAAGAUGGCUGAAGAAGUGCCCUUUCCCUUUAACCUUGAACCCCUCUAUUUGUGGUGACGCCGGAUGACAAAAAGGUGAGAGAUUUUGAGCAAGUGUGGGAACAAGGGAACUAACUGGGUUUAGGGUUGCUUGGUACAAGUAUCGCUCUCUGGAUUCUUUGAACGUGGAAACAUCGAAUAGGAUGAGACAAUAAGUGAAUGGGCCUUAUCAUACUUUCUGCUAAACGGCCCCUCUAAGACAACAUCUUGGCUCUUGAAAACACUGCACGAGCUUGAAUGGGGUGAAUUCGAGAGGGCCGUGUUUGCCAUAUUAGUUCGGGGGAUAUAGCCAGCAUGGAUCCGACGGCUGCCGACCACGCUAUCAUUGCUAUCGACGCCAACGCCCUAUAUUCCACAUUGCUACAUUGUCGGCCCUAAAUAGACAGGAGAUUUGCUAACGCUAUACCCGGAGAUGGAUAAUACACCCACCCUCUGGCCUUCGCUGGUCACACAGGUGGUUAACCACCUCGUGGCUUUUUUAUAUACAUCCAUCCUCACUCGCGACUCGAUCGACUUUCGAGUUUACAGUAGAUGGGUCUGCUUCUUGUGCGUAGGAGCUGCCGGGCUUCUGGUUUCUGGGGUGUCGAGACACCUUUCGGCUCUUCUUGACUAUAUGGGGUGUUCGCGAUGGAAAGAGGCUAUCUGGGUGAUAUCAUGCAAUAUCGGGGUUUUCACCUGUAUGCAUUCCAUCUACCUGAUCGCGACGAGGGAAUCGCGACUCGUUCCUGACGCCCCACCGGCUCGCAGAUCAUUCCCUGGUCCUGAGGAUCUAGAUAGAGGCGAUUAUACGAUCAAUUUAGUAGUCAAACUUGAGGCUAAUCAAACCAGGCUCGGGUCUAAUCGGAGGAGGGAAGAAGACUUUCUGGCACGUGCUGGGGAGUUGUCUCCACCCCUGCGGACUUCAGGAGAAGGUGCGGGGGACGAUGAAGAUGAAGGUAAUGCGAUGCCGCCUGGUGCUCCUCCCAGCACAGAUUUUUGGAAUUUCGCUACUCCGAAGGUUCUCUCUCCAACGAGACCCUCACAACCUAUCAUUGGUGAGUCCGGGGAGGCUACAGCACAUCCGCACACGCCCCCCCGCAUCCGGCCUGAAAACUUAUACAGGCGUCCGGUGUCUAUCCCUGGAUUUCCAAUCCAGCCUAUGACGCAAAGGAGGACAUCGAUACCAGUAACUCCAAGAGGGCGGGAAGGCAGAGGCGGGGGAACCCAGGAGGGUCAGUUGCCCGGAGGGGGACCUCGCUCAGUAUCACCGAACACAGCGAGAAAUUACCCCUUAUAUGCUGAAUAUCAGAGAACCAGACAGGUUUCUCCGCAAAUGACCUUUACGCCUGUGGGAAGCCCUACGGUAAGUAAUAUUGAGCUCUUCAUAAACCACUGAGAUAUGGAUAGAUAGACUGACACGCAUAAUAGAACCGACCCGACAGAAGUGCUCCCUCGCCUUCUGGAGAUGAGGAGGUCCCGUAAGGUGAUCUAGGCGACAACCCCGAGGACACCCCGAGGCGAGGAGAUGAGAAGUAGGGUGAGAAUUUGUGGUGUCUGUGGUUGGGGGGAUUAACAGCGAUAGCAAAGAUUAGGCUUUUGACUUGGAUGGCAAGUACGAUAUUGGAAUGACUCUAGUUUUAGAAGCUUAGUGCAAUAAAGGUUCUUUAGGUCAACACCUCCGCUUGCGUGCUCGUAUGACAGCAGAAGAGGUGAUCACCAGCUCUUCAGAAUCGUCGAUCCUCAAAAUGUCUCCCGAGUGGCGAGGGAAUGGGCAGUGA